UCAAAGCAAUACCAAAAAUUUAAAUCAUAACGAAUAUAUCGAUCGCUUUGAGGAUAACGAUGAGGAUAAUGAUGAGUUCCUGGAUAAUGAUUGCUUUGAGAAUAAUGAUGAGUUAUUGGAUAAUAGCGAUAAUAUGAUAGAAAACGAUGAUAAUAAUAAUAAUUACUCUGAAGAUGCUAUAGAUGAUCCAGAAUUUUAUGAAGAAAUUGAAAAUUUAGAAAGUAUUUUAAUUAAUCUAUUUCAAGCUCCUAAAGUUAAUUUUGAUAAGCCUGUACAUAUUCCUGAGCCCAAUAUAAAUAUUAAUAAUAUAUUAUAG